AUGGAUGAAGAAGAGCGUCAGAGACGUAUGCAGGAACUACAAAUGGCGGAUCUGGGAACUGCACGUCGUGAAUAUAUAUCUACUGUUGACCUCCCGAAUAAGUACCGCCAUGUUGGAUUGGAUCAAAUCGAGGCCAUUCGGGCAGCCAAUAUAAAAGGUUCUAAGGUCCAGAAGAUUGCACAAGCUAACAGGGCUCAGUUAAAUGCCUGGAACAAUGCACACCAAACAAUUGGAGGUGAUGCCCAGUUGGAAGAUCUGGACGACAUGAUGUCCGGACAAAGUCACCGUGCACAACUCUUUGAUAGUAUUAGAGCAAAAGGUGGUCAGGCGUAUAUUCACGACCCCAUUGUUCCCCCCAAAGGGCCCUCCGGAAAUGGACAAUCGUCCAGAGCUUCUAAACUACCUGGGCGAGGCGCGGGAGCAAUGGGAAGCCGUGGUGGUCACCGGUGCCAAUAUCUGGAUCCUGCAUUUCACCCCGAAGUGGAUGAUAAUAUCCCUGGAAAACACGCCAAACUUAAGGGGGUGGUAGGUGCUACUCCAAAAGCCAUUAAAAGUGACAAAGUUUCUCGUGGGCGAGGCCGCUUAGGUGCGGUCAAAACUAGACGCGUUGUUGAUCCAGGCGCCAAUUUUGAAGCAAUGCUUGCCGGUCCGUCAGACUUCAUGGCAGUGGCAAAAGUUCAUAAUGCUCCCGGCUCUUCGGGACCUCCUGGACCACGGCAAAGCACACCGGCCCAGACCAUUGCCGUAUCCAAUCAAACCAAGAAAAAAAAUAUUGCCAAUGAGAAAGCCAAUAUUAAGGAAGGGACUUCACAUAAAAGAGUCGUAAUGGAAGGAGGUAACAAAGGGGAAACUGAAAAGCAAAUAAAUGAUGAUACUAGCGCUAUUAUCAUGGAUGAACUGGACCUCAAAGGAGGCAUGAUUUUGGAGCAGAAUACCAAGUUAACGGCGGAAAGUCCUUGGGCUAUUCAAGUAGAUAGCCUCCCCUCUGAUAGCACUCGAACUGGCCCAACUGACUUGAGUGAACGAAAGACAGAGAAGGGUUUUAGAUCAAGCCUUCCCCAGCCGAUUCACGCGUCAGAGGAGUCGACAUACCUGAUAGACCUGAUAUGGAAAACUCGAUCACCUUCCAACCCAUCGUCCCCUCUGCGCUCUCGACAGGUUGAUUCUGGGUCUUUACUAGCCCUUAGAUCUCCUUCUCUGAGUACUGCUGCCGCAUCAAUGGAGACGCUGCUACCCGGGUUAACAGACGGUUCAGCUGGUGCUAUGAAAGCCAGCAAUUCAUCGGAUGGAGCUAGCAAUGGUGCUGUGAAGGGAGCACUUGACCUGCUUAUUGAGAGGCUACAGAAGGAACUGGACCAAGUCAACCAGAUUAUCGACGACAGCGAUGAGCCUGUAGAGUCAACGGGAAUAGGAGCCUAUCUGUUGAGCCGAAAGAAGCAAUUGGAAAGAGAAAUUGCUGAAGCUAUUGAAAUGGAGAGUGAUAUUGUACUUCCGUUAAGUGCACUUACAUUGGAAGAUCAGCAAUCAAUCGGGGAGCAUAAUAUUUCACAGGAAAUACUAACCCCGCGGGCACCAAACACUUUCGCAGAUAAAUCGGACAAAGUCCCCUCAGUAUGCGAUAUUAUCGGUAACCAUUUGUUACCAGGAAGGAAUGUUUCGAGCACCAAGUCAGGCCUGGAUACGCCAAAGGUAGUAAGUGAAAAAAGUAGCCUUCAUGGCUUCGUCACUACGACCCACACUCCCAUUAUUGGAGAAGCAGCGUCUCCGUCGCCUGGUGCAGCAGCGGUCACCCAUAGUCCCUCCAUCAAUGAACUACAUGCGCGAGAUACGCCCAGUGUCCCUGACAACGCAACAACGCGGCAAUACAUGCAACCCACUCCCGAGCUACCUCAGAGCUCUACCAAUCAAGGUAAUGUACCUCCACACGCUCAACGCGAUAAGUCUUUGUCUGCCGUGACACAGCAGUUUUCAAACUUCUUGAAGCAUUCGCCAGAGCAAAGCCGCCUAUCGUCCUAUCCUCUCUAUGGUGCGACUGCUACGGUACAAUACCCUAUUGUACCAUCCCAACUGCAGCCUACUCCCCUCGGCCCGCAGUUGGCCACUUCAAGCGAACAGAUGAAGUCCGUUGCGUCGAGCGUUAACCCAAAGUUAAUCAAGCCAGCUGCAGCGGCGCAAUAUUCUUCAGCAUCAUUCCACCGGCAGGAACAAAUACCAGCAUCACAGUCUCCUGGCGCCUCAACUCCGUCUCACCAAAUAACUCCUGGCGGCGCGAGUAUUACACAAACCUUAGAGGCCAAGUUCCCAGUGUCAGCAGCAACUUUACAAUACUCUUGUGCAGUGUCCGAUGCUGAUAUCAGAGGAAAGGACCCCCCACCACCAGCGGGACAGGAAAACCGCAACCCAUACACUGUGAGCUCUACACGUGGGAAUUCUGAAACUUCUUCUAUGCCUUCUUCAAAUAACCCGCCCCGCCUUCUUGGACUCGAAAACUCCAAAUGGGCGAUGCCGACGGUUGGUUCCACCUCACCCAAAGGCGCAAGGAAGCAACCCGCAUCAGUAAAACCAGAAAAUGGCCCAAGAGGAAAUAACAUGUUUGCGGCAGAACUGGCAAAGCAUGGCAUUACCGUGUCUAAACGCUCAAUGGGUGAGGCUACGACUAAUAGUGGACCGUUGAAGUGCCAGAAAAAGCUAUCCGAGCUUGCAAGCUCUAAAUGGGCGAGCUAA